AGGUUUGGUUUCUGGAGGAAGAGAAGCUUCCUCUUGUUACCAGUUCUGCAGACGAAAACAGCAGUAAUAAAAUCUUGAUGAAGUCCCCAUGGGAAAUGCUAAAGUCACCUGUUGGAUCUGGAGGUGCUAUUCAUUUGCUUUCAUCGCAAAACAUUCCCAACACCCUCAGUGAAAUGGGUGUAAAAUAUAUCGAGGUUUGCAGCACUACCAAAAUGCUCAGCGGCUGGAAUCCUCUGUUGGCAGGACUGGUUGAUUUACAGGGAGCAGAUGUUGGUUUCCAGAUCUCUCAGGAUUUGAGCCAUAUGGAAGAGAGUUUCGACUUGAUAUUUUCGGUGGACUUCGUCAAGUCAUUGGCGAAGCAGAUGGACAAACUCCAUUUCGAGGCGAUCCUGAAGGCAAAUCUGCACGUACAGCUGGUUGAGAAAGAGUGGGUUGAU